AUGGGUGGCUUACUGGAAGUCACCAAAUCCAAAGUUGCCAUUGCUUCAGCGAGUGUUCUUGGCGCCGCUCUGCUCAGCACAAUGGGUCUAUUCGGUGGAAACCAAUUCCCUGUGGAGGGCAAGACUAUCCUCAUAACGGGCGCCUCCGAUGGCAUGGGCCGUGCCGCAGCAAGGCAGCUCGCAGCCAAAGGCGCCAACGUCGUGGCCGUCGGCCGCAACGUCGGCAGGCUCGAAGAGGUCGUCGCUGAGAUGAAGGCCGCUGCCAAAAACCCCCAGCAGCAGCGCUUCCACUACAUAUCCGCCGACGUCUCGGUGCACAACUACGCCGCCGAUGUCGUCGCCGAUGCCAUCGUCUGGAACAACGGCCGGGCCCCCGACACAGUCUGGUGCGUCGCCGGCAUGGCCACGCCGGGCCUCUACACCCAGGACGACGACGCCCUGACCACCGCCCGCCGCCAGAUGGACGUCAACUACUGGGGCGCCGCCGAGAUGGCCCACGCCAUGCUGCGCGAGUGGACGCGGCCCGACGCCGCCUCCCCCGGCGGGCAGCCCAAGCACCUCGUCUUCACGGCCUCGGUGCUGGCCUUCUACCCCAUCGUCGGGUACGCCGGCUACAGCCCGACCAAGUGCGCCGUGCGCGGCCUGGCCGACACGCUGACGCAGGAGAUGCUGCUCUACCCGGACCACCCGGUCCGGGUGCACGUCGUCUACCCGGGCACCAUCCUGAGCCCCGGCUUCGAGCGCGAGCAGACGACCAAGCCCGCCAUCACCAAGCACCUCGAGAAGGACGACAAGGAGCAGACGCCGGACGAGGUCGCGUCCAAGGCCAUCGCGGGGCUGGAGAAGGGCGAGCACUCCGUCACGGUGUCCUUCAUGGGCGACCUGAUGCGCGUUGCCGCGCUCAACGGAUCGCCGAGGAACAACUGGAUCAUGGACACGGUCAUGGGCUGUGUCGUGUACUGUAUCUGGUUCUUUGUGCUUCUCGUCAUGCAUGGCGACAUCGUGAAGCACGCCAAGAAGUUUGGCCACCCGAGUGGGUAUUCGAAGGGCGCUUGA